AUGACCAGCAUCACAGGAACCGCUGUUGGCACGCAAGAAGAAAAGCUUCAGAACAGCCAACACAUCACACAUUGCCUCCAUCGUCAUUGGCCAGCGGCACUUACACCGUGGCUGUGGUACAGAUACAGCGGGUGGGUCACAGCGGUGACCCCAGCAUCCCCUAUCGGCUUCAGUGGAGCCCUAGCCGCAGAGGUGCCCCAGAUUAUCAUUCACCACCUCGACUUACACACCGACAUUGUUCCACAUUAUCACCAGAACAACCUCACAAAACACACUCCCCCCAGAAAAAUGAUAGCAAGGUCAGACGAAAGUUAUUUUCCUCCAGUGCAAUCCAAAAUGGUUCUGGCACCAGAAUCCGAAGCAAAAGUAAUAGCCACCGAGCCACUUCCGGAUAGUGAAGCAGUCUGGACCAAACUUGUCAAAAAAAUCUACCUCGAUCCCAAAGGCAUAACCCGCACCUGGGAAUCCGCCGAGCGCCGCACCCGCCCCAAAGCAUCCGGCAUCGACGGCGUGGGCAUCGUCGCCAUCCUCGAAAAGCCCACCGGUCCCGAAGUCGUUCUCCAGAAGCAAUACCGCCCACCCCUGGACAAGAUCGUCAUCGAGCUCCCCGCCGGCCUCAUCGACGAGGGCGAGACGGCAGAAGAAGCCGCCGUUCGUGAGCUAAAGGAGGAGACUGGUUACGUCUGCGAGGUGAUAGAGUCCUCGCCCGUCAUGUUCAACGACCCCGGCUUUACGAACACCAACCUCAAGAUGGUGCACGUCAGUGUCGAUAUGAGCUUGCCGCAGAAUCAAAACCUGGAGCCGGAGCUGGAGGAGAAUGAGUUCAUCGAGGUGUUUUACGUGAAGCUUGUUGAUUUGUGGGAGGAGUGUAUACGACUGGAGAAGGAAGGGUACGCGAUUGAUGCUAGGAUAGCGAAUUUGGCCGAGGGUAUUGAGAUUGCAAAGAAGUUCAAGCUGUGA